AUGAAGUUUUCUUUGUUGGCUCUAGCUUCCCUUUCCCUCGCCAAUGCUGGUGUCAGUGAUUCCCUUCGUCGGCGUCUUUCCUUCGAAAAGAUUGCAGGAUAUUCUCCAGGAACUCAGGUGACUGAUCAUUGUGCCAUUGACCUGGAUCAAAAUCUCAUUGAGAUCGAAUUGUCCAAGCAAACCGACAGCUCGUUUCAGGCCGCAGAACAAAUCUACAAUCAAGGUGGCUCCUCCAAGUCGUAUGCGGAGCUCACCCUGAAUAAUCCGCUUUUCUCGACUGUUGAAGAAGGCACACUCAUACAGGGUGAGGCAUCCAACGGCCUCGAUGUGAAUGGCAAAGCCUAUGGAACCUACGUUCAAGGAUCGACUGUCAUCCGCAUGUCAUACCAAACCAGUGACGAUCAAGAUAACCAUGUGGGAUGCAUGGUAGGCGGCCUUCCUCUUAGUAAUCAGAAAACGGAUGGAUGCUUGGCAAAUGUUGGCACUAUUUCGGUUGGAGCCACUAACUACAGCUACGAAUACGACCCGACCACACAAAACAAAAAUGGUCGCACCAUUGCCGGUUUUUCCGAGGUUGCUGGCGAAAAAAUGCGCCUCACUUGUGACGGCUGUCCCUACAAGGAUCAUCAAUAUUUUUACGAAUAUUAUGGAAUUGAUGACUAUGGACACCAAUGGGUCACUGCGGCUCUGAACGGCAAGGAGACCAGCUUUGUCCGGGGCAACGCAGAUUUCUCAGUGUAUGGAUACGAUGGCAAGGUCGAAGCAGCUAAGAAGGGAAUGUUAUUCUUCAACAUUUUCAUGUACGUUAUUCGAGAAUUUGAAGAUGCAUUGGAUGAUUGCGAUCGUGACUGUGAGGUGGAGGAUUGCAACGACGACGUUGUCCACUCCUGGGACGAAGGGGUUUGCUUCUACACGGGCUCUAUUGAAGGUCAAGACGGAGUGACUAAAGAUGGCAAACUACUGCAUCAACUGGCUGACAAAAGAUGCCACGAUUUCAAGACCUGCGGCAAGAACGGUGAUGAAAAUGAAGGCAAUGCCAAAUUGAACUCCGACCUCUUUGAUUUGUUUGCUUUGGGCAACUUCCAAUUGCAAGGGAAAAAGUGUGAUGAAGCCCGAGGUACAGUCAGCGAGAUUACAAGAUUAAUGUACAUUCCGUUCAUUCAAGGUACUUUGCGAUAUGCCUACCGUGUCGGAGAACUGAACGGGGACGGUGGCGAAAAGUCUGCUGCCGAAGGUGCAGUCUUUGCUGCCGCCAUUCUCCCACGAGUCUAUGCAGCAAACCAAGAUGCUGCCGAAGUCAUCUAUGAAAACAUGAAGGUGGGUGCCAACAAAACUAAUUUUGUGGAAGUCAAGAAAGCUCUUGAGAGUGUGUACGGUGAUUUGGGAUUAAAAUGUUCCGAUGUCGGUGGAUUGUGGAAUGACGGUAUAAACGACUACUGGGAGGGAGGCGAGCCAUGCGGCCCCAUUGGAGAUAUGGAUGACGAAGACUUGUUGAUUGUCAGUGUUGUGGCUGCACUUGGUGGAAUUAUCUUUGUCAGCAUUCUGGCCGCGUGCUUUGUACGAAAUGCUGCUGGUGGUAGCACUACUGUUGCAGCAAAACAACCUGAUUUGCAACCUACCACCGACGCGGAAUUGAGUUAA